GACGAUAGCUAACCUGUAUAUCUUAAGCCGUGAGUACAACUAACUGUGAUAGUACCACAUAAUAGAUUAAGAUGAUACCUCAGUGGCUCAGUGCUCAGUCCUCAAUUAAUUCAUAUUCCAAAUUAUUAAUUAAUACUAUCAAGUGUCAAUAAGUCUGUUCACUGUUGUAUGUUUAAAUUCUUAUACAUAAUAAUUUAAAUUUGUAAUCCGUUCAUUAUACUAUUCAUGUUAUUAAAUAAAUUUAAAAAUAUGUUUACUUGCUCUAUCUGUGAUGAGACAUUUGUUGGAAUUCACCACAAUUCUACAUAUACAACACAGUGUGGACAUGUCUUUCAUCAUAAGUGUCUUAUGUCAUGGUUAAAAAGAUCAAAAACUUGCCCACAUUGUCGUUCAUUGGUAUUAGAAAAUAAUCUGGUCAAAUUGUUUUUACAAGUUGAUUCUAAUGCUCAAGAAAUAUGGAAUAGAAAAACUGAUGAUGAAAUAAAUUCACUGAGGGAGCAAUUAAAAAGUUUAAAAGAUAAAGAUAUCCGUAAUUCAAGCUCAAUCUUUUGUCUUGAAACUCAACUAAAACAUACAAAAAGUGCUUUAAGAAUUAGCAAUAGAUCUACUAAAUUAUUUAAAAAUGAAGCUGAAGAUGAAAAAAAGAAAAAUGUAGGUAUCUCUGCUGAGCUAAAAUUAAAGACUGUACGAUAUAAUGAAUCGGAAAUCGAUAGAAAAAAAUUUAAAGCGGGAUAUUUACUUCUGCAAUCAAAAAUAAAAUCACUAAACCGUGAACUUUAUGAUUUACAAUCUUCAAAUUCAUCUUAUAUAGAUAAAUUAAAAUCUGAAAUAGCUGAUUUAAAAUCAGAAAAGGCGUACUUUGAAAACAGAUGUUAUAAUAUAGAGAAUAUGAAUAUUGAACAACCAAGUACAUCAAAGAUGAAUAUUGAAAAUAAAAAUGCAAUAUCACUUCAAAAUCAAACUAAAAACGAAUAUUAUGGGCAUGAUCCUCAAUUACAACUAUCUACCAAACAAUUUCUGUUAGGAUGUGUAUUUUUAUUUGUGGAUGUCCAAAUUCAACAAGAAGUUAAUAGUAAAUACAAUAACACAAUUUUAUCUAAGGAUAAUAUUAUUAAAUAUGGUGGAUCAGUUGAACAGUUGUAUUCUGAUCAUAUUACACAUGUAAUUUGUGUCACCCAAAAACAUCAUAUAGUUGAAGAAGCUAUAAAUGAUGGUAAAAGAUGUGUGACUGAUUACUGGCUCAGCGAUAUCAUUUCUAAAAAACUUAUGAUACCACCUUGGUUAGCUGUUCAUUUUCCCAUGCCUUACAGUACAGACAAUUUGCCGUGUCUAAAUUUUCAAUUUUCAAUUGUUAAUUUUGGUACAAAUGAAUGUCAUAUAAUUAAAACAAUGAUUGAACUAGUUGGCGGUGAUCAUACUACUAAUGAUGUUACUUCCAGAACUGAUAUUGUAGUUAGCCUAAAAUUAGAAGGUGAACUUGUAGAAAAAGCUUUAGAAAUUAAUAAACCAGUAGUUAAUGUUCAAUGGUUGAAUGAUAUACUUUUUGGCGCAAGACUUGGUAUAAAAGAGCCUGGAAAUUUAAAAUACCAACAAUUUGAUUUAUGUAAUCCAUUUUCAGUGAAUUAUGACAUGGUGUCACAUUUAAUGGAGUCUUGGAAAACUCCUUUGAUAUUUCUUGAAAAUCAAGAAGUGCAUGAUUUGACUUUAAAUCCUGAUAGUCCUACAAAAUGUAAACGACAAAAAACAAUAUCUGAAACACAAGAAAUUUUAAUUAAUGAUGAAAUUGAUGACAUUAAUGAUAAUGAUGUUAUCAUUACUUAUAUAAAAAACUUACCAUCAAAACCAUGUGUUAUGUUUUGUGGUUUUACAAGAGAAGAUAAAGAAAUACUUAAAAUGAUAUUACUUUUAUUUGGUGGUAUAGUAGCCACUCACUGUUUUGAAGCAACUCAUUUAAUCAUGAACAAACCUAUAACAUCGAUAGAGUUUUUCGGUUGUCUUUCAACUGUUAAAUAUAUUCUCAAUGAAAAUUGGUUAAAAGAUUCACAUUCCAGCUUAAAACUUCUAGACGAAAAAGAAUAUUUUAUAGAAAAUAUACAAGAUCAGUUUUUGGGGUUAUGUUAUGUACCUGCAAUUCUAGAAAAUAAUAUGCGUCGUCUACUAUUUAAAUACUUAUCAUUCUUUGUWACCCCUGGAAUUACAUAUCCAUCAGCUCAUAGCUUGAUGCAAAUCAUUACUUCUGCUGGUGGUGCAAUUGAAAGAACUAGAAGAUCUUUAGAGUCAAUCCGAAGUGCGGCACCAAAUUCCUAUUUUAUAAUCUCAUGUCAAGAAGAUCACUAUUUGUACAAUGACUUGUUGGGUAUUUAUAAUGUUGUUUAUUUACCUGAAUUCAUAACAUGUUCAAUCUUGGCACAGCAUGUCCAACUACAAAAAUUUUUAUUGGAAGUAACUGCUCAAAACUAAUAUUACAUUACUUUUAUUGUGUAUUCCUUAUAUUUGUGUAAUAAACAUUUAAUUUAAGAUAAAUUAAAGUUGAUAUGUAAUA